AUAUUAUGUCAGUAUUCUAAAACUCGUGCAAUCACAAGUGUUGCAUUUAAAAAAAUUACUGUAUAUUAGAGAAACAAAUAUCAACUACUAUAAUUCAAAGUGAAAAAAAAAAAAAACAUUCAUCUUAGUUCUCACACUAGUUCAAUCACAAAGAUGCAUCACUUAUUCAAAAACUUCAACCACCAAUUUCUUUCUUUCAAUCCUCAAAUUCUCAUUUUAGUCAAGAAAUGAUCUAUCUAAACUUAAUUAUAGUGCAAAUUUCAUGUGUUUAUGUCUUAAUCUACAUUAUCUAAGGGAAAAAAAACACUGAUUUCCCCUUCUCUUUUUCUUCACAAUCUGUCGAACAUUUCUUAAGAGUUGUAAUCACUUUACUUAACCUGAGAAAAAGAAGCAAAAUUUAUCAUCUUUUUUCCCGCCCCACAUUAAAAACUUUUAUUUUCCCCUUGAAAUUUUAUACUAGUCCCAUUUUUUUUGGGUGUAUUACUUGUAGUGUGUUCAGAGUUCACACUUUCAGGGAGGAGGAGAGAGAAAGAGACCCACUCUCAAUGGCGCUACUGCGAUCAAUCUAACCCUAACAAAAUCUCUGAGUUCAGCAUCUUUUAGUCCUUUGAAAUGGGCUCACAAAGUAUGUUGGAGCUUACUCUCAAUGAGAUUCUUCAUGUCAUCAACCCCUUGAGAGAGGAUUUGGAAACAAGAAUGCAGAUAAUUGAGGAGUUACGGGUUGCUGUCAGCACAAUUGAAAGUUUGAGAGGUGCUACUGUGGAACCAUUUGGGUCUUUUGUGUCACAGCUAUUUUCUCGCUGGGGAGAUCUGGAUAUAUCAAUUGAGCUAUCCAAUGGAUUAUACAUUGCAGUUGCUGCCAGGAAGCACAAGCAGGCUUUAUUAGGGGAUGUACUUAAAGCAUUACGGAGGGCAGGCAGCUUUAGAAGAUUGCAGUCUGUAUCCCACGCCAGAGUUCCUAUUCUGAAACUUGAGAGCAAAUAUCAGAACAUCUCUUGUGAUAUUUCAAUUAAUAACGUGUCAGGGAAGAUGAAAUCUAAAUUUUUGUUAUGGAUCAGCCUUAUAGAUCAGCGUUUCAGGAAUAUGGUUUUACUGGUCAAGGAGUGGGCAAAAGCAAACAAUAUCAAUAGUCCAAAAACUGGGACUUUUAACUCAUAUUCACUGUCCUUACUUGUUAUCUUCCAUUUUCAGACUUGUCUUCCAGCAAUUUUGCCUCCACUCAAAGACCUGUACCCUGGGAACAUGGCAGAUGAACUUAUAGGAAUAAAGGCUGAUGUAGAAAGGCGUAUUGAAGAAAUAUCUUUAAGUAAUAUUUCCAAAUUUAAUAAAGAGAGAAGAGUUAACCACAGCAGUUUAUCUGAGCUAUUUACCUCGUUCCUGGCAAAGUUUUCUGACAUUAGUACGAGGGCAACAGAGCUAGGCAUUUCUACAUACACAGGCCAUUGGGAAGACAUAAAUACAACUACAAGAUGGCUUCCUAAAACAUUUGCCAUUUUUAUUGAAGAUCCUUUUGAGCAACCUGAGAAUACUGCAAGAGCUGUUACCAACACUCAGCUGACAAGAAUAGGUGAAGUGUUCACAAACACCUACCACAGGAUUAUUGCUCCGAAUCAGACUCGAAAUACUCUUAUCCCCAGUUUAGUAAGGUAUGAAAUUUCCCAUUUCUUCCCUGGAGCGGCGUUUGCAAGUCCAAUGGCCAAUGGUAGGGCUUAUCCAAGGACGAAUCACAAUGCACGCUAUAGCAGUAGCAGCAACUCAUCCCUGCAAUUUCAGCAUCCGUUUCAGAGGACAAGGCAACUGAGUCACCCCAACAACAUGACUCCACAAAAAUCUAAUCAAGUAUUUCAAGGACAAGCAUCUGCAAACAUCCAACGAUUUCCAAGGAAUAGCCCUCGAAGUCAGCCUAAAAGAGUGGCCAGAGAAGCUGCUACGCCAUCUGAAGGACUCGCUCAACCACACACACCACGGCCUGGCCAAGUCAAUAAUGUGGCUACACAGAAACCUGCUAAGGUAUCUCAACGGCAAACCCAGCAAAUUUGGCGGCCUAAACAAUCUGAUAGUUAGCAAGUUGGAACUCCCUUCAGUUUGAUUUGGUUGAUCAGGCUAUUAAUGCAUUAUCAAAUUUGCAUUCCACAGUGAAGAACCUUGUUUAUUGCAGUUAGGAAUGAAUAGUGUUCAUACGAAACUACAGUAAACUGAUGGGAGUAUCAAAUUUUGGGAAGCCUUCCCAAUAAUAGUUCAUAGAGAGGGGUCAAUGUUAUUUGGAAAAAUUCCCAUUAACAUUAAUCGGAAUAUAAUCAGUGUGGCAGUGUUAAGGUCCAGAAACUUUUUUUUUGUACCCGUGGAAUCUUGUUAGUGUUGAAAUUUUGAAUAUACAGAGUAUUUUUGCCUGGUA